GCGGCCCCGCCCCAGCCUGACGUCAGCGGCAGCCGCGGAAGAUGGCCGCGGAGCCGCGCGGUGCGCUGCAGCCUUCCCGCGCUCGGCCGGGCGGCGCGGAGCCCUCGGCUCCCUCAGCCCCUUCGGUCCCCUCGGAGCCCUCGGCCCUUUCGGCCCAUUCGCCCCGCGGGCGCUCCCGCAGCGGCGCGGGCGGGCGGCUCUGAGCGCGGGGCGCGGCGGGCGGUCCCGCUCCCCGCUCCGCCAUGAGCUGCUCGGCGGACGCCGUGAAGGAGAAGCUGCUGUGGAACGUGAAGAAGGAGGUAAAGCAGAUCAUGGAAGAAGCUGUCACCAGGAAAUUUGUACAUGAAGACAGCAGUCACAUCAUCGCCUUAUGUGGUGUUGUGGAAGCGUGCCUCCUGCACAUGCUGAAGCGCAGGGCUGCUGGCUUCCUGCGGACUGACAAGGUGGCCGCGCUCUUCACCAAAGUUGGCAAGACGUAUGCAAUAGCUGGAGACGUAUGCAAGAAAGUGCAGGAACUGCAGCAGCAGGUAGAAAGCAGGAAAAACCAGGCAAAUGGGCAGGAGCCCCUCAAGAGGCAGGGAUCAACCACAAGCAAAGCGCCUGUCCUGACACCUCAGGCCAUCAAACACAUAUGGGUUCGGACAGCAUUGAUUGAGAAAGUGCUCGACAAAAUUGUGCAGUAUAUUGUUGAUAACUGCAGUAAAUAUUAUGAAAAAGAAGCUUUACUGGCAGAUCCUGUUUGUGGCCCGAUACUGGCUUCUCUCCUAGUUGGACCCUGCGCUCUGGAGUACACCAAGCUAAAAACAGCUGAUCACUAUUGGACUGACCCUUCAGCAGAUGAGCUUGUUCAGCGACACCGGAUUCAUGGAGUGCAUGGCCGCCAAGACUCUCCUUCGAAGCGCCCGGCCCUGGGAAUCCGGAAACGGCAUUCAAGUGGGAGCACGUCAGAAGAUCGCUUUGCUGCUUCAGCAAGAGAGUACGUGGAGUCUUUGCACCAGAAUUCCCGAACACACCUUUUGUAUGGAAAAAACAAUGUCCUGGUCCAGCCGAAAGACGACUUGGAGGCGAUUCCUGGGUAUCUCUCCCUUCAUCAGUCAGCAGAGAGUUUGACUUUAAAAUGGACUCCGAAUCAGCUGAUGAAUGGAACACUUGGAGAUUCAGAGCUGGAGAAAAGUGUUUACUGGGACUACGCAUUAAUAGUGCCGCUCAGCCAGAUCGUCUGCAUUCACUGCCAUCAGCAACAAAGCAGAUGGACAUUAGUCCUGGUGAGUCAGGAUGGAACUCAGAGACCUCCGCUGCACUUUCCCCAAGGAGGCCACCUCCUCGCAUUUCUUUCCUGUCUGGAGAAUGGUCUUCUGCCUCGUGGUCAGCUGGAACCACCACUUUGGUCCCAACAGGGCAAGGGUAAGGUAUUUCCAAAGCUUCGAAAACGGAACAGCAACAAAUCAGUGGACCUAGAGGAAAUGCCAGCUGAAGACACUUCAACAGACUAUGUGUUCAGAAUUAUCUAUCCAGGACACAAGCAUGAUAACAACACCAGCGAAAUGAUAGAGAUGCAAGGCUUUGGGGCAAACUUGCUUUCGUGGCAGCUGGAGCACUGCAGCCAAGGCUCCUCAUGUGUCUCCUGUUCCACGGGCAGCUCUCCCUAUGAUAUACCCAGCUGCUGCAACUGCAUCCACGAUAGAACGCCGUUAAAGAUGCUGUGUGAAAGCAUGAAGAGGCAAAUAGUUUCCAGAGCCUUUUAUGGAUGGCUUGCCUACUGCCGCCACUUGUCAACAGUGCGAACGCACCUCUCUGCCCUCGUGAACCACACUAUUAUCCCACCUGACAAACCCUCCAGUGCUGCAGGAGGCCUGACUAAAGAGGUCUGGAGCAAGUAUCAGAAGGACAAGAAGAAUUACAAGGAACUGGAAUUACUAAGAAGAGUUUACUACGGUGGGGUACAGCAUGAGAUUCGAAAGGAAGUAUGGCCGUUCUUGUUGGGUCACUAUAAAUUCGGCAUGGCCAAAAAGGAAAUGGACCAGGUGGAUGAAGACAUUGCUCUCCGGUAUCAGAAGGUCAUGGCUGAGUGGAAAGCCUGCGAGGUCAUUGUAAAGCAGCGAGAGAAAGAAUCGCAUUCUGCCACGCUGGCAAAGUUUUCAUCGGGCAGCAGCAUUGACAGCCACGUCCAGCGACUGAUUCACAGGGACUCCACCAUCAGCAACGACGUCUUUAUAUCUGUAGAUGAAGCAGACUCAGCAGAGCGGGACUCAAAGGGUCAGGACGACCCCACGUUCACCAUGGUGUCUGCUGACACGCCAGCAGCAGCAGCUGCCGUAGAGCAACAGUCGGUAGAGUUUGACUCCCCCGACUCUGGGCUGCCAUCCUCAAGGAACUACUCUGUGGCCUCAGGCAUCCUGUCCAGUAUUGAUGAUGGGCAGAGUGUCUCCUUUGAAGACGGGGCUGAAGAAGAAACAAGCGCUGACUUGGACAGGACUGAUCCAGACAUACCACGUAUGCAGAAAGCCAAGUCAGCUGUACUGCAGUCUCAGGAUUCUGUAUCAGAAGAGCAGCUGUGUUCCCAAGUGGAUUAUUUAAUGGAUGUUGCUUCUGUCUGCGCCGCAUCCUACACAAUAGAGUUAUUGGACACUGUUGCCUUAAAUUUGCACAGAAUUGAUAAAGAUGUCCAGAGAUGUGAUCGGAAUUACUGGUAUUUUACUGACGAUAACCUGGAGAAACUCCGAAAUGUCAUGUGCAGUUAUGUUUGGGAGCACCUAGAAGUUGGUUAUGUUCAAGGCAUGUGUGACCUCCUGGCUCCUUUGAUGGUUAUACUUGACAAUGAUCAACUGGCUUACAGCUGCUUCAGCCACCUGAUGAAGAGGAUGAGCCAGAACUUCCCCAACGGAGGUGCUAUGGACACACACUUUGCCAACAUGCGGUCCCUAAUCCAAAUUCUAGACUCGGAGCUUUUUGAAUUGAUGCACCAGAAUGGAGAUUACACGCACUUUUAUUUCUGCUAUCGCUGGUUCCUGCUUGACUUUAAAAGAGAAUUGUUGUACGAGGAUGUAUUUACAGUGUGGGAAGUUAUUUGGGCAGCAAAGCACAUCUCUUCAGAACAUUUUGUCCUUUUCAUUGCCUUAGCACUUGUGGAAGUUUAUCGAGAGAUUAUCCGUGAUAACAACAUGGACUUCACUGAUAUCAUCAAGUUUUUUAAUGAAAUGGCAGAGCAUCAUAAUGCCGAGGAAAUUCUGAGGAUAGCAAGAGACCUUGUCUACAAAGUGCAGACACUGAUCGAAAACAAGUGAGAAUGAACAGACUGUCACUGUGGGCCUUGUCGUGAGCUAUCAGAUGGAGCACUUCUUGCACUGUAACUUCAAAGUGGUGUUUUAAUUGCAUCUUCCAUGUAAUGUAAUAAAUACCAGAGAUUUGUAACAGACUUUUAAAACCAGAACUUUUCCUUCACCAGAUAAGGUUUGUGUUUGAUAGUCCUUGUUACACUCACUUUGUAUUUCUAGACAAAAUGUUUUUGCAUUCUCUUAUUUCCCUCUCUAGAAGACCAUCUCUCUACAUAUUUGAGAUAUUAAAAAGGGGGGACUUGACAUACUAGAACAUUUAUAUUUUGACUUACUGCACCUUUAAAGCCUGGAUGCACGUUGUGUGCUCUGCCAGAACCUUCUGUGGAGGUAAGGCCGGAUCCAGUACUCACUCAUGUGUUGCAAGCAUUGCACGGGGUCGUUGGAGGGGCGCGCUCCUGGACUCGGUGUCUAUGCCUUGAACGUGGAAGAGAAUGCAUAUGAGCUCCUGUUGCUAAAACUUUUGGGUUUAUAUUUAGCAGAGUGUUUAGCAGCAAUUAAAGUCAAUAAGGUUACCAGCUGGGAGAAUGGCCUUAAACUAAAUAACAUGGUUAAUAUGAGCAGCGAAGAUCUGGCAACAUUAGCUAAAACCAUCAGUUAGCCUUUGCCGACUAGCUCACGCUGUUGCGUCCUCAUGGCCUACACGUGCCACAGACAUGCCUUCAUUUUACUUUGCAAACUUACUCUGCAAAUCUUCCCAGAUGACAAGAUCUGCCUCACAUAGUUCAGGUCAACACAAGUUUAGCGCCCGGAACCAGGUUCCCUGCUCAUGUUACCAGCUCCCACGCUCUCUGCGUCUGUGCAGAGUGCCAUGAAGUUCAGAUCCUGCGUUACAAAGCAGGCACAGCAGAGCCUCACCUCCUCCAGAUUACUCACUGCAUACUACUAGCUGCCUCCUCCCCACUCUGCAAAGCCGGGAGCUCUUUCCUCGGGAUCCUGCAAACACAAACCUGGCGCUCAUCUACUCAAGCAGGUAUCAGCACUUGCCAGACGAAGCAGCUGAAAUUGUUGCACGGGAUCCCAUCCACGUUGCUGGUUUGUUGAGCCGCCUGCUCUGUGCCCCUUCUCCUGCUUGGCCGCAUGCUUUACGUGGCAGCAUCCGUUCCGCCCCAUCCUGCGUAGAGAGCGGAGGUGACGGAGGGUUAGCUGGGCUUCUGCCCUGGACCUCCAGCUGUGUCUGUUGCUGUCUUACACUUCCUCACGCUGUAUAAAAUUGUCAUGUAUACUCUACCUAUUUUCCCAGGGUGCGUGUUGUUUCCAAGUAAAAGUGUAUCUCUGUGUCAGCAAGGGAGGGAGCAGGUUUUUGCUAAUGGGGUUAGCUGCAGAUUUCAUGGAUCCUCGUGACCGGUGUGCCUAGGAAACCUAAGGACUUAGUUUAAGCACUUCAAGUAUUCCCAAGUAUUCGACCCCUUGCCAUUAGACCCUUAGUGAUUGAUUAAAAAAAAAAAAAAUUUAGUUUGAAUCUGAAUUUUUGUGUUUCUGCUUUUUUUUUGGGGGGGGGGGAAGGGUUAUCUUUCAGAGCAGGCAGGGUUACACAGCUUUGUUUCCGUUGAACCUUGUAGAGAAAACAACUCUCUCUGCUUCUCAUAGACUCACGGGAUGGUUUGGGUUGGAGGGGACCUUCAAAGGUGAUGGCCAUGGGCAGGGACGCCCUCCACUAGACCAAGUUGCUCAAAGAAGUUUACAUAAAUUAGAUCAGCUCACGUGAACGUUUAAAAUCAAAUUUUAGCAAAAAAGAGGUGUAGGGAAUAAAAUUAUUAUGUUUGAAGAUUCAAAUACUGAUAGGAGGUAUUUGCUUUAGAGCUUUGCCCUUGUUACUACGCAGGUAGUGGGCACUCGUUCUCUGCACGAAGCGAGUGCUGCCUUCAGAUCCUCACGUGCCGGGCGUUACUUGUACAAGAAAAAGGUAGAUUUGGUUCUAGAAAGACCAUCUCUGCUUAGAUCUUUAUGCUUGCAGUAAACUAAAAAUGGUAAAUUAUAGUCCAAAAAGGGGAAAAAAUGCACAGAAAGUGCUCCUUGGCUCAAUAGCCCAAGCCCUCCCUUACACUGGCCUCUCAAAAUUUGAGGGGAGGGGAAAAAAAACCAAAACCAAACCCAAGUCCCCUGUUGCUGGUGUAGCCAGAUGCCUUCAGGGAUGAGCCCGUUGUUGUCCGGGCUCACGAGCAUCACGCUCGCCAAACAGAAGUGAGAACAGACGAGCCUGUUCGGUUCUGGGCCAGGUGCUGCGGAGGCGGCUGCUGGGAAGGAAAGCCCCUUCCCACGUCGCAGCUCAAAUACCCACAGUGGGAGGGACAGAAGGACAAAGUUUGGAUGAGCUGCGCUGCGCUGCCCGCCCCAGAGCCGGGGUGCUGCGCUGCAGGCUGAGCUCAUCGGUAUUUAUAGCUGUAUGUGAACCGUCCCGUGGGCCGGUGCGCGGUUGCUGAAAGGUCUCACGAGCGCUGCAGUUUGCGUGGCCGGCUGGUCACUGCGUAAGUGAAAGAGUAUUUUUUUAAAAAACGGACAAGAGUGAGGAAACCCUCCAACUCACAGAGCCUGAGGAAGUGAUGUAAAAAAUAAAACUGCACUAUUUUUCUUUGGUAUGUUGGGAAUGUACUAUACAACUCUGUUUAAAGAAAAAAACAAACCUCUGCCAACUUUGUUGUAUUUGUUAUAACAUUCUGUCUAAUUGUAUUUUAUGAAUAUUGUGUAUUGACUUAUUUAUUUUUGUCGGGAGCAGACUGUUCUCUUUAUUGCUCAAUUAUUUAUGUUUAAAUGUAAGAUACGAAUAAAUACUUAUCGUCAAGGCAUUC